AGAAAAGAAAGAAAAUUGGAUGAUUUGUUAAAAAAAACUAAAUAAAAGUGAAAAAUUACAAAAGAAACAAAUUAGGCAAACGAGUUUACAUUUUUCCCAACAAAUCCAAAGCAUUAAAGAAACUGCCUUACUUAAAUAAAUAAAGAGCAAGAUUUAUUGAUCACUUUUCCAAGGGUAAUAUCCUUUAAUUUUCAGUAUAGUGUAUUUAACUUUUAUUCUUCAAAGAAUUUUGGUUAAUGUCAACGGCAAUGAAACGUAAACGGGGCAGACCUCGCCUAGAUGAACCUCGUGAUUUUAAUGAUUUCGAUUUAAAUUUAAUACAAGAGUUCAAAAAACAUCCGGUUUUCUAUGAUCGCACGCAUCCGGAACAUCGAAAUCGUGAAUAUACCGAUCGUAUCUGGCACCGUAUAGCACAUAAUCUCAAUACGUCCAUGAAUCAAGUCAAAACACGUAUAAAUCAGCUUCGCAACCGAUACAGUUUGGAAAAAAGACGCGCAGAAGCUUUACAGCAGCACGAUAAUUCUGCAACCUCACAGUGGUGUCUAUAUAAGUAUUUAACCUUUUUAAAUGACUACAUAAAGACCAGACGACCCUACAGCUUACCGGCAACAACAACAGAAAAUAAACCAAGCAUAUCAUCCAGUGAAGCCGAGGAGGAAACAACUGAAGAGGCGCAAGUGAUUUUAAAUGGUCAUUCGCUGGCAAAUGAGAACUAUCGUCAAUUGCAAUCUACACAAUUGAGUAACUUGCCUCAACAACCUAGCGGAAGUAAUGCCAAAACUUCCAAUGAUCUGCCGAUGACAACGAAAGAUAAUGGCCAACAAAAAUUUAAAGCUUUUGGCCAAUUUUUGACUUCAUGUCUCAUUGAAAUGGACGAAAUGCAAGCUUUACAUUUGAUUGAGAAAUUCACGAACGAUUUGGUAAAAACCUUCAAACUCGGACAAAAAACUGAAACUAUACGGAAUUUAAACAUUCGAUCGACCCACGAAAGUGAUUCUUCCCAACCCGGAUCAGAUUCAUAAAGUCGAAAGCUUUUCAUUUAUCAAGACGUCCUUUCUUUUUUCUAUUAUUUGCAUUUUUCAAAUUCAGUGUUAUGUUAUUAAUAUAAUUUUAAUAUGAUUAAAA